CGAUCUUCGAACACACGCCCAGCCUCAGCAUCAGCGCAUCUUUUUUUUUUUCCACGCGCCUCUCCCCUCCACCCUCGGCCCUGCGUGACGCGCACAAACACUGCCGGACCUCCCGAUCCUCGCGCUCUCCUCUCGCGCCUGCCUCGUUAUGCCUUUGAUCCCCGCCGGCCUGCCGCCAUGUCCGCUGCCGAUCGCUCCCUGCCGCCACUGCUGAUUCUCUUUCUGCCGUCUUCGCUGCUGAUCUGCCUGGAUGGACCGCUGAGAGCGGCGGCGGAGGGCGGAGGCCUGUCCUCACCCCCAUCUCCGCUCGAGGACAAUGGCGUCCCAGCCGCCGUGGGAGACACCUCAGCUCUGGCUACAGAAGCCCAGUUUUCCUUGAAGGUUCUGGUGAGAGACCUGGUGACCCGCCGGCCGCUGGCUGGGGCCUCCGUGGACGUCUACCUGAACCACACCUCAAAGAGUUCAGCCCAGACGGGGGAGGACGGGGAGGUCCUGCUCUGGGUGCCCUACAAUCCGGGUGUUAGUUUGACUCUGCUGGGCUAUAAGGAGGGGUAUGUACCCACCCCCCUGCCCUGGAGCACCACUAAGAGACCAAUUUUCUCCGCUGUGACGUUGCUGCUGCUCCCUCACAGUCAGGGAAACAUCUGGCUGUUUGAAGACUCGGUACUCAUCACCAGGAACUUACCUGACAGCUCAUCCCAACCUAAGGCCAAGUUCCCCAAGAACCUCCUCACAGUUUCUGAUAAAAGCAACAUCUCUUCACUGAUGGCAUACCUGACUGUGCCACAGCACCACCUGGCAAAGGACUGCACCAACUGCACCCCAGGGAUCAUCAGCAGUAAAUCUGUGCUCAGAAGCAUCGAGCUGAAGGCAGUAGCAGCAGUCAGCAUUCAGUUGUAUUCCGGCAGCCAGGAGCUUCAGGUCAGAGGACCCAUCCAAAUCAGCCUGCCGCUGGAACACAACACUCACUUGAGGUCCUCACACACAGUACCUGCCUGGGCAUUCAACCUGAAAACAGGCGCCUGGGAGAAUCACGGUCUGGGAAUAGUUAAAGCAGUUGGUGACGAACUGGUUUGGACAUACACUGCGUCCCAUCUGGGCUACUGGAUCGCUGCCCCCCACCCUUCGGCAAAAGGUACCUCAGAUUAUUUCGGACACAUAAAUUCUGUGGAUUUCAUCUCUUACCACACCUAUCUUUUGGUGGGAAUACUGGGAGGAACUCUUGCCAUAGUGAUUGGAUUCCUGUCCUUGCUUCUCUGUCACUGCGGCAGUUCCCGUAAAGAAGCCACAAGGAGGAGAAGGGCCCGCUUUUCCAAACUCACUGUAGUAAAAAAAGACCAGACAACCUCCACCCACACGGAGGAGGGUUUGCUUCUCCGAUCUGGUGACAACAGCCUUGCCUCCUGCAGCGUCCAGUGUGAACCUUCAUCCACACCCAGACACAAAGCCAACUACAACAUCUAUGUGGAGGAUCCGGGGAGUCUGACCGCAGCUCCUCCUUACGACAAUAUCACUUCAGAUCGGAUGAAGGCGACUCAGCCUCCGCCGCACUACAUCAACAAUGAGGACGUUGCUCGGAUAUGUGAGAAAGCAGAGCAAAAUCGGGCCAACAUGAACUCUGACAACUUCUUUCAAGACAAACUGGUUCACAUCUACAACCAGCCGGUGGCGAUUAUUCAAGCUCCUGAGCUGUUUGGUGCUCAGGAGCAGCAGCUUCCAGGGUGCAAGGCUGCCACUUUCCCCAGGAACGGAGCUGAAUACGACACUCAUUCUGAGCCUGCGAACAAAGACAACUACACCCAGACACUACCCAAAGUCCACUCUCAAGGCGGGAGCAGUCCACAGCAGGGCAAUCCGGAUGAGCCUCAGCCUCUGGAGACACCCCCACCAGGACAAGGUCCUACUGCUAGUGUCUGGGGACGCUAUAGUAACCUUCUGGAGUCCUCUGUAUCUGUGCCAGGGACUCUCAAUGAAGCGGCCGGUAUGGAGGCCUUCAGCAGUGGCCACAGCAGCGAGCUCCAGGGGAUUUCUGAACGCACCUUACUGGAACUGACUCGCGGCAAGUCCUCAUCGGCUCACCCCAGGGCUUGGUUUGUGUCUCUGGAUGGAAAACCAGCCGCCCAGGUUCGCCAUUCCAUCAUCGAGCUCCAGAGUCGCCACCGGCCACCAAGCAGCAACGACACCAGCCUGGACUCUGGCGUGGACAUGAAUGAGCCCCUGCAGAACAUCCGCGACAUGGAGCGUGACAGGCCAUCGAUGAGGGGCUCCUCCCUGCCGCAUCACGGCAGAGGCGGCCGUUACGUUGAGGAGCAAGACCUGAGCAGCAGCGAGAGCGGCACCACUGCCACUUGUACGCCAGAGGACCCUUCCCUAAGGAACAUUCUAGACGGGAGCAGUGGAGCUAUUCCCAAUAUUCCCGAAGAGCGGGACGGGAUGGAUACAUCCAGCGCACAAGAGGACAGCGAGUCGAAAGGUACACCACCACCUCGACGACUUCGGAAGGUGAGAGAAAGAGGGAAGGCAGAGAAGAGAAACACUAAGCACGUCCGGGAGGGAAGACCUUUGACCAAGAGAAGUUAGAGCUCACUUUAGACGUACACUUGAGUGACUGGAAUCAUGUUCUCAAAUUUGUGUUUACUUAGGCAAUGUUGUUGUCGAGUCCCGUGAUUGUACAACUUUGCCAAAGAAAGCAUAAGCUGACUGAAGAUGCGCGGCACAUCUACGGUGUUUCACAUUGAAUCCUGACGCAGGUGCCGUUUAACCCUCCCGUUAUAUUGUGGGUCAAAUUGACCCAUUUUAAAUUUCAAAAAUCUAAAGAAAACUGUUAAAAGUAGUUUUUUCUGUUUGGAAUUUCUUCUGUUUGACUUAAUAAGCAUAAAGAGCAUACGAGAUGAAAAUUGGUUAUUUUAUGUAGUUUUAACCCCCUUCACAUCUACAUAGAGGAGUCAAAUGUAGGUGUAAAAAGGGUCAAAAGUGAUACUAUUUGUUUGUUUGCAACUGUGAGACUAAUUUCACCUGAUACACAGACACACAAACACACACCCUCUCCCUUUUCUCUUUACCUCACUAGUAAACUGUGAGAAGCCUUUUCUGUUCUCAUGAGCAAAUCUGAUCCAUGUUGAGUGGACACAGAGGAGGGGGCAAACAUAUGAAUAUACAAAAACCUUAAACAUUGUACAAUGUAGUCGUUUUCAGAUUUUCAGUAUCCUUAAAAAGGGGUUGAGGGGCUAACAUAACCCCUGUGAUGGCUCUAGAAAGCAAGAACAUGUUGUGCUCAUGAACAAUUUGCACAAAAGUGUUGAAAUGAGCACUUGAAAGGACCAGAAAGAAAGUAUGACCCUUUACUACUAUGCUACCAAAGGAAGAAUAGACAACUUGGACAAGAUUACUAGGUCAUACAGCACACUGGCAGUAAAAAAAAGAAAAAAAUAUAUAUAAUUUUCAUGUAUAACCACUGAUUUUUCUUUGUAGGUUUUCCUAGUGGAUGUAAAAAAAAAUAAUGAAGAAAAUAUUGUUAUUGCCGUAAAUAUUGAUUGAAAUUGUCAGCAAUAAUCAGAUGUAAAAUUGUUUCGGAGAAAAUGUUUGGAUUCUGACACGACUACACUGAGAGGAUUACUGCUACAACGCAGAAUUGAACAUAACGGGAGGGUUAAGAGGUUUCUGCACCUCAUCCUGUCAUUUCCUCAAAUCUGAACAUCACCAGCGAGAUUCUUCAAAGCUAAUACAAUACGUAACCAUUCCCAGUGUUUGCAUUACAGAGGGUGCCUUUCUUACUGCCUGCAAUCACAAAAUGUAAUUAGUUUCCUUGUAUUUAUUGAAAAUCUGAAAUCUGUAGGAUGGACAGUUGUACCGAUCCUCACCACAAAUGCCUGCUUUAAAUUCAACAAGCUUUCCUAAUUCUCAGUACUCUCACUUGAUUUUUGAACAUACUGCCUCAAUAGGACUGCAACACUGAACUGGAGAAAGACUAACACACAAGUACAGAGCUGCCACAUGACUUUCACACGUGAUAUACGAUAUCUUAGGUCUGCAGUUGCUUUUAUUUGCAUGAAAAUGAAUGUUUCCUUUAGCGAGUGAACACAUAGAGCCACAGAGUAAAUAGGAGGUCAGAAUAGCUUUUAGACAACUCGGUGACCGAAUGUUUUUACUGUCAGGUCUUGCCAUACGACUCAGUGUUGCGCUGCCAAUUGUAACUAUUCCAAUUCUGGGAUUUUUACUCAACAGUUAGAGGAGCGAAGGAGCCGAUAUUUGUUUAUUUCCAAGUUUAGAAAUGUAUUCAGGGGAUCUACCUUAAUGGGUUUAUAUGCUUUAACGUAAAAAUAGGUUUUACUUUCAUCGUCCACUGAUCCAGUCAGGAUACUUUUAGGCCAGGAUCUUGAUACGUUUUCCACGUCGUGGUGCAUGAUUUGAAUGAUCGACUAUCAAACGGAGGGUUGAAGUCGACUAAAUGUUUUUAUGCUUUUGAACUGCCAAGGGAGCUAGUCACACACCUUAGUUUGCGAGUCGUGGAAAGCGAAAGCCGACGUCUUUCCUGUCAGUUGCUGCCGCGCAAAUUCAUGCAAACGCACAUCUUUGUGGUAGUUGUGAUAAAUGGGGGUGGGGGGAGUGUUAUAGUGGGUGGGUUAGGUUUCCUGAAAAGACCCAGUCUGAUCUGACUUAUGAGCUUAUAGGGCAGGCCAAAAGUUUGGAAGCACAAAACAGCAUAUUGGUAUACUUUGCAACAAGAUAACAUAAAGAGACUUUUAUUACAAUGUAUUUUGCUAUAUUUAUCAGGUGUUUGGAUUGAGCUGCUAUUUUCUUGAAAAUAAUUUUUGAAGAAAAGCAUUAAACAGUUGUUUCCAAACUUUUGGCAUGUCUGUAUAUUCUGAAAAAUACAUAGAGGACCAAUAGCAUCAAUUUAAGAUAGAAUCCUUAAAAGGAUUAAGAUGACAAACAUGUAGCUACCGUCACACUGUCAUCAGUCCUGGGAACAACUAGCCUCGGUAUGUAAAGUUACGAAGCCUUCAGAGACAUUUGAAACUGAUCAGGAUGAAACAGAAUAAUUCUCACCACAAAUGAAUAUUUCUUGCAAUUCAACUUCACCUUUAUAGUCUUCCAUUAUAGCUCUACUGCUACAUACUUUUAAUCAUGAUUGAUGCUCGAUUCCGUAUAUUCAAGUGUUAUCUUUUAUAUGUAAAUACCAUUUUCUGUGAGCACUAGUUUAAUGACGUCACCUUGUUUAUUUUUUUGGUUUCUAUUUGAAAGAAGGUGGAACAAUCUACUCAUGUUGUGUUAGUGUGACUUAUUUUAAGGUCGUCUCAGUGGACGGAGCCUUGUAAGACAUGUAGCUUGAUCACGAAUACACUUUCACUCACCGGUCAUCAGCUCGAAAACGCAACGUCUCCCUGCUUCUCUGGUGAGAUGAGAAGUAGUGUUCAACACUUUGUGCAGAUAUUCUUGUCGAGAACAAUAAACUUGUUGUCGCUCUG